AUGGAGGGCCACGAUCUGGAUACACUCCAAGAUCAGAGCGAACCGACGAGAGGCAUCAGUCAGCACGAUGACCACGACGAUACGGGAGACCUUGAGCAUCAAUAUCACGCCAAAACACGAACCGUCGACAAUGGUGCUGCCACGAAUGGCUUGUUCGCAUCUCAGGCGUCACUAAGGGCGAUGAGACGCAUCCGUUCAAACAAUGGCCAUGGGUGCGCAGAUCUUCACCACGACGCCGACGAGACCGAAGCAGAUGGCGCCGAAAAGACGGAUACUGAAAGGUUCCUGGUCCGCUGGGAUGGUGACAAGGAUCCCUUUUGCCCGCGAAGCCGAUCAUUACUGCACAGGUGGAUUAUCGUGAUCAUUGUGGGAAUGGGGAGUCUCUGUGUGACAUGUGCGAGUUCGAUUUACACAUCUACAUAUCACCAAAUCACCGCCGAAUUCGAGAUUUCGACCAUCGUAGCAACCUUGGGGUUGUCCACCUUUGUGCUCGGGCUGUCCUUGGGACCGCUUCUUUUGAGCCCCCUCAGCGAAUUCUACGGUCGCAGGCCCAUUUAUAUCGCUUCAUGGGCCAUAUUUUUGAUCUGGCUCAUUCCAUCUGCUGUAGCCAAAAACGCAGAAACCACCAUUAUAGCUAGAUUCUUUGAUGGCUUCGCCGGCAGCGCGUUCCUGAGUGUCAGCGGCGGCACCGUCAGCGAUUUAUUUCGGCCAGACGCUAUACAGGCUCCAAUGAUCAUCAUAUCCAUGAGUCCGUUCAUAGGCCCGAGUUUAGGUCCCUUGCUUGGUGGUUUUAUCAACUAUAAUGUUAAUUGGCGAUGGACGUUUUAUUUUAUGCUCAUAUGGGCUGGCGUCAUGAUGGUCUGCAUCUUUGUAUUGGUGCCCGAAACCUAUCACCCAAUCAAGCUACGAGAAAAGGCACGUCAUCUACGGAAAACGACCGAGAAUAGCAGAUGGAAGUCACCCAUGGAACUUUCACAAAAGUCGAUUCUCCAAAGCAUCACUCGCUCGUUCUCUCGUCCAUUCCAGCUUCUCAUCUAUGAGCCCAUCUGUUUGUUGCUGUGUCUCUACUCGGCAAUAUUGCUUGGCAUAUUGUACCUCUUUUUUGGCGCCUUUAGCCUUGUAUUCGGCAACGUUUACGGCUUCAGCCUGUGGCAGAUCGGGCUUGCCUUCAUGGGCAUCUUUACGGGAAUGAUUGCAGCGUCCGCCACAAAACCCGUGUGGCACCGUAUCCACAUGCGACUACUCGAGCGUAAUGGAGGAGUUUCGGAGCCCGAGUUCCAGCUCCCAUCUGCCGUUGCCGGAGGGGUGCUCGUACCCAUCGGCUUGUUUUGGUUUGCAUGGACCAUCUACGCUCAAGUCCACUGGAUAGUGCCGAUUAUCGGCUCCGGUGUCUUCGGAAUGGGGACCCUACUCGUCUUUACUGGCAUCUUUACGUUUCUCGUCGAUGCGUAUCCAGCCUUUGCGGCAUCGGCACUCGCGGCCAACACAUUCACUCGAUGUGCAUUUGCUGCGGCGUUUCCUCUUUUUGGAUUGCAAAUGUAUAACAAACUAGGCUAUCACUGGGCAUCCAGUUUGCUUGCGUUUCUUACCGCUACCAUGAUGCCAUUUCCCUGGUUGUUCUUCCGCUAUGGAAAACAGCUCAGAAAGAGAAGCAGAUUUGCCGAAGCUUAA